AUGGCAAAACCGCAGGCGGUAAGCUCCUCCGGCGUAGAGUCCGUGCCAGAGACGCGGCGCAGCGGCGGCUCCGAGGCCGUCGUGGCGGCGCCGCGAGCCGGCAACUACUCGCUGCGGGUGCGGGCAAGGACGGCGGCCGGCGCCGGCCCGCCCGCGCUCGCCUACUGCGCCACGCUCGACGACGUACCCGGACCACCUGCAGACAUCAAAGCACUUGCCAAUUCGGAAAACUCUGUAAUAGUAAGCUGGCUAGCACCUACACAGAAGAAUGGAAAAAUACGCCAUUACACUGUUUACAAUCGACCGCAAAGAACAGGCCAGCACUCACAUAUCACCGUCCUCCAUAUGGAAGGCGAGGAGGAAUACCACGUGGAAGUCCGAGGCCUGCAGGAGCAUCUGUUGUAUGAAUUCUGGGUGACAGCCGCCACGUCGGCCGGUGAGGGGGAAAUGAGUGCAAUCGUUGUCAGAAAGCCGAGCGGCAGAGCACCGUCGAAGUUGUGGUCGUUCCCGCGGCGGAUAACAGCGGCGGAGGGCCACCGCGUGGUGCUCUCCUGCGGGACGGCGGGAGGAGUCGCGCAUCGAACCUGGAGCCGACGCCGCCCGCCCCCGCCCUCCGCCGACAGCCGCCUGCUCAUCGAUUCCCACCGACUCAUCAUUCCACGGCUGGAGUCGAGCCUGUCGGACAACUACACGUGCGCGGUGCGCGGCUCGGGCGGCGAGGAGAGGGGCUCCUGGGAGGUGGAGGUGCGCCUGCCGCCGCCGCGGCCGCGCCUGCGCCUCUCCGCCGCCGCGCCGCACGCGCUGCUGCUGGCCUGGGACGCCCCGCCGGCACAGCACCAUGUCCACAGCUACACGCUGGAGCACACGCGUGGGGCGGAUGGCGAGGCGUCGUGGCGCGCCACGUGGGUGGCGGGCGGCGCGCGCAGCCACGCGCUGCGGCGGCUGGCCUGCGGAGCUCCUUACCGCGUGCGGCUCACGGCCCACAGUUCGGCGGGCGCCUCCCCGCCCAGCGCCGAGCUGCCGGCUAGCACCAGCGGCGGCCCAUCAAAACCAGCUGUCGAAAAAAACCUCUUUACGACAAAUAGCAGCUGCAUUCGUCUCAACCUGCUGACAUGGGAUAGCAACGGUUGUCCGAUGACCCAAUUCGUCAUAUCUGUUAAAGGUUUCGAAGAGUCGUCUUGGCGCACGGAGACCGUGGAACUGGAACCUCAGCCGCUGACGCUGUGCGAACUCCUCGCCGCCACUUGGUACCAUUUGAGAGUCGUCGCGACCAGCUCGGCUGGAACUACGACGGCCACCUACUAUUUCUCCACUUUAACAGAGAAUGGAGAGCGGAUAAAACAGCCCGAACAAUUCCCACCGGGCGGGGAGGGCAUGACCAUUGGCGGGGGCGGUGGACUGGCUUUGCUUCUGACAGCCGCCGCACUACUGGCUGCGAUCAUAGUGCUCGCGGCCUUGGCGUACAAACGAAGCUCGCAGACGUGCAUUAGAAAAGGCUACGUGCAGAGCGGAAUAACGGAGGAAGAAGACAAGUCAGUGGAGAAACGAGACAACCGCCGCAACUGCCAACAAGUGUACACUUCGUCGCCUAUCAAACAUCCCCUCGGUAAAAAAGAACAACAAGAGAUGUACGAGAUCAGCCCGUACGCGACGUUCAGCAUGGCGGGCGGCGCCAGCGGGCCGGCGAGCGAGGCGAGCGGCGAGGGAGGGGCGGGCGCGGGGGGAGGGGGCACGCUGCGCACCUUCGGCCGUGCGGAGCCCCCGCCGCUCGGCGCAGCUCCCCCGCGGCGGCCCCACUGCCACCGGCCCCCGCCCGACACCGACGAGUACGGUCUAUCGCGAGCGAUGACCUUAACCGUCCGGCGGUCCGAGUCCGAUUCUGACUCGAGCGGCUCGCCGUGCGCCGAGUGCGGCGCCGCGGCAUACAGGCGCCCCCUUGUGCCGGCCAAAGAAGAGGCGUUCCGGGCGGUGACAGACUCCAGUGCGGAGUCGGCGGCGGACGCGCGCUCGCUGGCGCCGCGCCGCCGCCCGAGGCGCCACGCGCCCGCCAACAGGUCGCUAUCACUGAUAUCAGCUGGCCCGCUGCUAUACGCACCUCGUACAGUACACAUAAAUCUACAUGCAUUCAUAACACUCGAGCCUAUUAUGCAGGCAGACACCACUUUCCAUGCAAUG